GAGCUGUCACCACCGUCCCCCCGGCCUCGAGGUGACACCACCAACACACCCAGAGCACAAGAGCACAGAGCUCUGGGCCUCCAGUUCCUCCUCAUUUAAAUUUAGAACCUUAAAACCAAUUAACUUUUGGUGACAGUCCCUCACCGUGGUUGGGGUUUCACCCUCUAAGCACCAACACACUGCUGCUGUCCCCACCAAGCCCCCACAUCCAGGGGUUUGGAACCACGAGGUCACAUCCCAAAGCUCCCUGCACAUCAAUAAAGCUUUCAGAGUCAGCUUCAGGCUCUGCUAACGAGGGGCCAAACCAGGUCAGCUGGGUUUGUCACCUCCCACUGGGGUGCCAGGAACCCUGUCCCCACAGGAGUGACCUCCCUGGGACAGUGACAGUGAGGUGACACAGGUGCCUGGGCAGGGCUCAGCACAUGAGCUCAGCCUCAGGCUGGUUACACAAGACCACUGAUGGCACCAAACAUCGUGCCCAGCAUGGAUUCCACAUCCAGGAAUCUCCAGGAAUUCAGCACAUGAAGGAAUCAACCCCCCAGUGCCACCAGGACCACCAAGCACCAGCACACAACUGUCCUGGAGGGAAACACCCCUGUCCAGACACAGCCCCGGCUCUCACAAACCACUCCCAAAACCUGCUUUCACCCCACACAUUCUUGACAGCAAGAUGCAAAAAUGAGCCUUGGCCAGAAGGCUCGUGGCGCUCUCCAAAUCCCUCCUUUGCAGCACUCCCAUUUUCCCUCUCCUGCUCACACCAGCCAGCUCCCAAAAUCAUUUUAAACAUUCUGGGGCUGGGGCCAUCUCUGCCACCUGCACAGCACAAGCUCACAAUGAAUUAUCACCCCAAACUCCUCAAAGUGGCAUCGCUGCUUGGGGGUUUGAGGUGAGGCUCUCAGAAGUUUUGGAGCAGAGUUUGUUUUGCUCCCCAGCAUGUCAGAAAGCUGAUGUGCUCCAGCCAAAGUGGGAUUGUCACCGUGGUGGGGGUAAAGGUGGCAAAGGGCUGGUCUGGGUGGCUGCUGCUGGGAGGUGUGGACACAGAGGUGAGCCUGAACUCCAGCAGGUUAUCAUGGAAUGGUUUGGGUUGGAGGGGACAUCAAAGCCCAUCCACAGCCAUGGUAGGGACACCUUCCACCGUCCCAGGCUGCUCCAAGCCCUGUCCAGGGACUGGGCACUGCCAGGGAUCCAGGGGCAGCCACAACAAAGCCGAACCCAGCCAAGCCCAGCUUUGCUCCAGGCCGGGCCCUUCUGAUGUCCCGGGACACGCAGGGACAGCCAGCCCUGACCCCGCUGGCUCUGCAGCUCCUGCCGUCCCUCCAUGGGCACCAGGCUCGCAGCUCCUCCUGCCCAGCCGCUCUGCUCUGCAAAUCCCCCGGCCCUGCACGGAGCCGCUCUAAUCCCCACCCAAAGCCCCGCUCGCCGCCCGUUCCCCCCCGUGCUCGGUGCCACGGCCACGCAGCUGCCACGACAACACCGAGUGUCCCCGGGGCCAGGGAGGGACCGGCACGGCCCGGCGGGGCGGACCGGGAAAAGGGGAGAGACGGGGAAAGGGGACGGGGAGAGCCGGGGGAAAGGGGAGAUCCAGGGAAUGCGGAGAUCUGGGGAAAAGGGGAGAUCCAGGGAACAGGGGAUGGGGAGAUCCACGGAAAAGGGGAACGGGAAGAUCCAGGGAAAACAGAGCGGGGAGAUCCGGGGAAUAGGGAACGGGGAGAUCCAGGGCAGAGAGCCGGCGAGAAGGGGGAGAUGCAGGAAAAAGGAGAGAUCCAGGGGAAAGGGGAACGGGGAGAUCCGGGGGAAAGAGAGAUCUAGGAAAAAGAGAGAUCCAGGGAAAGGGGAACGGGGACAUCCAGGGAAAAGGGAGAGGGGAGAUCCGGGGAAAAGAGACCGGGCAGAUCCGGGGAAAAAGGGGCGAACAGGGAUCGUGGAGACCCGGGGAAAAAGAGCGGGGAGAUCCAGCGAAAAGUGAGGGGGGAGACCGAGGGGAAAAAAGAGAUCAGGUGAGACCCGGGAAAAGGAAGAUCCGGGAAGGGGCGGCCGGAGAAGAGGACCCGGGGAUGAGGCGGC